AUGUCGUCGCCCUUAAUAUUUAUUCCUGGUGAUGAAGUACCAACAGACUAUCUUCCCUCCAAUGGCUCAGCGCCGCUACGAUUAGGCCCCGGCCUCCGACUUCUCUCACAAGCACACCCCGCGCCAGCGUCUACCUCAAAACAUGUUUUGACUGCGACACAAGCCGGUAUCCUCUCUACAGAUAACAAAAGAAACGCUGUCUCUAUACUAUCCUCCUCGAACCGCCGCUACAUCCCUACGCCUAACGAUCUCGUGAUUGCGCAAGUCCACCACUCCAGCGUGGACUAUUUCUAUUGCAUGAUUACGCCUCAGUCGCCGCAUGCGGUCCUUGGACAGCUGUCAUUCGAAGGCGCGACGAAAAAGACAAGACCGAUGCUCCGGGGCGGCGAUCUGGUGUACGCCCGAGUAUUAUCCACAGGCUUAGGCGCUGGUGCAGAAGUCGAGCUCACUUGCGUGAAUCCCGCGACCGGAAAAAGUGAACCAGGUGGACUCGGCCCAUUGAAUGGUGGGAUGGUGUUCGAUAUCUCUACAGGAAUGGCUGCUAGGUUGAUACGCGCGAGCUCAGCGUCGGCCGAGCAGCAGGGAGUUGCGGGCCUGGUAGUGUUGGACGAGCUGGGCAAGAAACUGGAGAAGGCCGGAGGAUUUGAGAUUGCAGUGGGAAGGAAUGGGAAAGUUUGGGUGGAUUGCUCGAAUAGUGCGGACCAUGCGGUGCGAGUAACUAUAGCAAUUGGGCGAUGCCUCACCACAAUCGAUGAGCACAACCUCAACCCGACGGAUCAAAGGAAGUUGGUGACAAGGGUAUUACGGGAAAUGAAAAUAGAGUCAUGA